GCUUGGCUCAAAGCAAGCCGGGCAUCCGCAGGGAUCGCUAUGUGCCAAAAUUCGGGGACCAACAAAAUGAGGGCGGGGUCAAUGUUGGCUCCCCUUUAACCCGGGAGCAAAGCACGGCUUUCAGCUCGUCUGAGGGCCAGGCAAUCCAAUGCCAUGGCCAAAGUGGUGUUUCAGAAGAUCACCGGGGAGUCGCUCGAGCAUACGCUGCACAGCGCGGACGAUGCAGUGAGUUCCUUCAAGGAAGCGAUUGCUGGUAAGGUGCAGGUUCCGGCGAUGUGCCAAAGACUGACGCUCCAGAACGCCGAUGAGUCUGCGAGCGCCAUCCUCGAAAAGAGCAAGCCCUUCAUGGCUGCCCGAGUGGCAAAGCCUUUUCAGAACCUGAGCAUCCGAGAGUUCAGUGCCAUCUCAUCUCUUGCGUCACCACCUCAUCGUCUACAGCGGUGCUUCACCAUCGUGGUGAAGCUACUUGAGGGAGGCAAGCUGCUUGCAGGCAAAGGCCGGAAGGCUCGGCGGACCUGGGCGGAGUGCGUCGGCUUCCUCCGACCUGCGCUGACCUUCCUGGACGCCGUGCAGAACUGGGUCUUUGAUGUCUUCGAUGGCACCAUAAGUGAGGAGCAAGUCUCGCAAGCUGAGAAGAUGGCCAAACAGAUGGGCGCAGAGUUUUCUCCUCAAGUUCUCAACAAAACGAGCUGGGUGGCGGCGCUUCUUUGCACUUGGGCCAUCGGAGCGCUGCGAUUCUAUCGCGAAGAUCUCCCCCGAUUCACCGGGACCUCGCUGGAGCUCGAAGACGCGGCGCCGAUGGCCUUGUACUUGAAGGACGCAGCAUGCCAUUUGUACCUGAUCACCGACUUGCAGCCCUUGUGGCGUGCCCUGGAGUUCAACACAGACGAAAGGCUUCCAGCUGUGGCCGCGCUCGGUGUGUUGGGGAACCGCUGCCCCAGCCAAUCGCUGCCCGCCUUGGCAAAGCUGAUGACCUGCAGCGAUUUUAAGCUGCGCGCGGCCGCCGCGCGGGCGGUGCAGAGCGCUUGGGCGCCGGGCGAUGCGGCGGCCUUGGGGAUCCUUCUGAACUUCUUGCCCCGCCUGCCCAGCAACACCUUCUGCAGCAGCCAGGCCGUGGAAGCCGUGGCGCAUCUGGGCCGCGGCAGCUUCCAAGCCCUGGAGAUCAUCAUUCCAGUGCUGAACGCAGAUGCGGAAGCUGAUCGAGACUGCGCUUUGGCACACUUUACAGCCCUCGAGGAUUCGGCGGAUGCCAAGGAUGUACUAGCACGACUUGCCCGGGCGCUGGAGCAGCGCAGCACAUCGCAGGUCCUGGACGCGCUGGCGAUCCUCAGCCAGCGGGACUACUCCGCGGUGCUGGGCAGCAUGCUGCGGUUUCUGCAGGGGGAGAAGGUGAUGCAGGCGCGCGCCGCCGAGGCGGCGGCCAAGUUUGCGGCCCAGGAGGAGGAGGAGUUGGUGCAGAGCAUGCAGGCAUGCUUGCGUCAAUUGGACGAGAAGGUCGCUGCUACAACUGUGGCAAUUAGCCUGGCGACCAUCUCACCCUCGUCCUACAGAGACGCCAUCAAGGCCCUUUGCAAGCAGCUGGGAACUGCGGGAAACUACCAGCCUGUGAUUGAGGGGCUUGGCCGAGUUGCCCGGGAAGCUGACGAAGAGGUGAUUCGUGCCCUGGUGCACUUUGUUCGGCGGGGGGACCGCGUGGUGACCAGCGCGCCGCAGAUCGCCUACUUCGCCGCGGCCCUGGACGUCCUGAAGCGGAUCGCAUCCGCGGAAGUUCUGGAAGAGGCGUCUGCCCAGGUGAUGUGGGCCUAUGCCAACAAGGCGUCCAAGACUGGUGAGAAGGAGUUCUGUCGAGCGAUGGUGCCAUUGAACUGCCAAGUGAAAAAGAAGGUGUUCACAGAGCUGGCCAAGGGCUUCCGGCACGCGAGCCCUGGUGUGAGAAACGCGUGCAUGGAGGUCUACCGAAAGCUCAGCAGCAGGGCGCUUGACACAGCCAUGGAGGUCCUCACGGACACGGCGCUGCAUGAGACCCUGACCUUGGCGCAAUGCGCUGCGCUGCAGGUGCUGCCGCGGAUCACGGAUGAGACUCGCGGAAAGGCCAUCGCUGGAACACUUCUCUCCCUGGCAGAUCAGGCUACAGACGUGGCAGUGAAAUCUGCGGCGCUGGGGGCGAUCAGGGCCGUUCCAGAUCCUAGCCUUGCUGACUCUCUUAGGCGGCAUGCGCAGGACCUUGAUGAGUCGGUGCGGCUUGCAGCCCUGCAAGCUCUUCUUUCGCAGCCGCUGGGAGCAGUCGAAAUCUGCUUGAGGAGUUUGGAGGACUCCUCUUCGAAGGUCGCGCUGCUCGCCGCACAGGCGAUCCCUUCGUUAGAAGUGGAAGGUCGGGAGGAGGAGCUCGUUUUGCACCUGACACCCUUGCUCCAGCAUGGUGACGUGCUGGUCCGAGAGGCCGCCGCCAACGCCCUCGGCUGCUCGAAAGAAGGCAAGGCAAAUGCCUUGCGUGCCUUGCAGCAAGAAACUGCGUGGCGGGAGCGGGAGACGGCAGUGAUCUCUGCACGGCAGGAAGCCAUCCGUCGCCUGACGGCUGCCAUGCAAAGUUGAAAGCGUGGGGUAUUCAAUGGAUUCCACCGUAUAAAAAUCCCGUUGUCUAGGUCCCCCAGUAGUGCCG